ACCUUUCAAACUCAAACUCAAACCCAAAUCCAAACCCAAACUCAAGUUCAAACUCAAGUUCAAACCCAAUUCAAUCAAAAUUAAACUUAACCCAAUUUUACUCAACCCAACUCAAUCCAUAAAAAUUAACUCAACCCAUUCCUCUACAUACAUUUAACCCUAACCCUAAUUCACUUCUCAAUUUUCAUUUUCACCUUCCCUGGCUUUCCCUCUUCUUCUAUUACGUGACUCUAUCAUUUGAAUGCCCUCCAUUCCAUUGCCACCCUUCUACGAUUCUACCUUUACCCUUCUCAGUGCUCACUUUCUGCCGCCCCUUAUUUUCUCCUUUGCACUAGCUGGACCAUCUCAAAUCCCAUUCCCUCCACUGCACGACUGGUUUGCUGCUGUCGAAGCCAUCUGCCUACUGCUGUCGAACUGUCAAAGCCAUCUACUUGCUGCUGCCAAACUGCCAAAGCCAUCUGCUUGCUGUUAUCUGGACUAUCAAAGCCAUAUGCGGUUCUGUUGCGGCCUUGCCCUUCUUGGGGCAAUAUUAAGCUCCGCAGCAGUUAUCAGUCUUCAUAAUCAAUGCAGUUAUACAAUUUGGCCCGGUAAUCUCUCCGCAAUGGCACGGCGAUUCUCGGUGAUGGCGGCUUCGAAUUGGCAGCCGGUGCCUCGGUCCAGUUCACGGCCCCACCCGGUUGGUCUGGCCGAUUCUGGGCCAGAACCGGCUGCACGUUUGACCAGUCCUGUUGUUGCAAGAGAACUGGUGUACUUCUGGUCCCGACCUGCUUACUUCGGUAGACCUGCAAAGCCCCGAGGUGGGUCCUCGGGGUAGACACUCCGAUGCCUAAGUCAGCAAUAAUCAGAGCUACCAAAUACAAGUCGAGAGCUGUG